AAAUCGUCCAGCUAAGCUAUGGUACUCUUUUAAUCCAUCAUAGCCCGGUAAAAGAAAUGCUAAGCCCAAAUAACACUAUCGACAGUUCGUGCCCAGCAGCUGGAAACGGAGAGGCAACUAAAGUUUGCCGGCGGUCGAGUGAUUCCCCUGCGAGGCUUCGCCGGAAACAGUCUUUGAUUGAAGACAUUGUUCGUCUGGAUCCCAACACCACCAAGUUCCUCGAUUGCGAAAUCGUGUGCGCCUUCCACAAUUCGGUAGAACUAGGACGGAGUCCUCCC